AAAGAAACUUGUAAGAGAAAAAUGGCGGGAAAAGUGUAUAUGGUCAUGGCAUUGAUAAUGAUGGGGUUUGUUUUACAAGCAUGCAAUGGAAUGAAACCUGAUGUUUAUGAUGGUGAGGAUAGCAAGCCAACAGAGGAUUCAAGAUUCUUUUGCUUCAGAAAUUGUUCCAUUAGAUGUGGCAAACAAAACAAACCUUGUUAUGAAGAUUGUUUGCCAAAAUGUGGUCUACCAAGACGACAUGCUAAACCAACAACAUCUUCAUCACCUUCCUCUACCGUUUGAUGGAUCAAGCUAACUGCUGAAGAUGUCGUCAAUCAAGAAGGAAAAUUUGAGAAUUAUGAUAAACUUUGAUUAUAUCUCUGGUAUUUGUGUGACAAGUGUAUUCAAACUUGUUUUCUAUUAUAAGGACAUAGACCACCUUCUGUCAAAAUACGUGAUCACGAUUCACAUAUAACAAUAGAAACGUACAACAAAAAACAAAACAUGAGAGUAGUGUAUU